AUGUCAUUCCCAAACAGUGCUUCGCAAACACCUCUUCAAAACCCCCACACUCCUCCACCGCCGCCGCCGAAACAACCACAGCUAAACGAUGGCCAUCCGCCCUCCACGCCGCCAAAGGAGCCCAUACACUCGCAAACACAACCAGGCAUCGAUACCUUAGAUAUCUCAGCCCCGGGGUCAGGGCCAACAUCAGGCCGCUCAUCCGCCAUCCCCACUGGCCACCCUUUAUUCGAACAGGUACUGACACAACCUGAUACUCCCACGAUAGAAGAUAGAUGGAUCCCAGACAUAUUACAAGAUAAAUCAACUCCCGACCUGCAUGCCCUACUAUCGAAUCCGACUUUAAUAUCUGCGCUAGCAAGCACGCAUCCGGCAUCGACGCAUGCUUCGAAUAAUAUUGAAAAACUACUAGCUACCAACACAUCCCUAGCUACGCACCUGCUCGAGCUACAAUCGCAUUUAUCUGCCCUUCGAGCAUCGACCGAGUCGCUCCUUCUACAGCACCAAUCGCUUGAGGUAUCAUGGCGCAAGAAACAGACGGAAAUGGACGCUGCUUUGGAUCCAUGGUCGCCGAAGGCGUUAUAUCAGCGGCUAGUGGGUGCUGUGGCGGAGCAGGAGGCUGUUUGCAGAGCAGUUGAGGAGAGUUUUCUAGAAGAAGGGCAGCGCGGAGGAGGUGUGGCGGGGGAGAGAGAGGUUGCGGAAUGGAUUAGACGGAUUAGAACCGAGGCCGCCAAGCUGGAGGCUAGAAGAGAAGCGAGGGCACGGUGGGAUGAGGGGAGAGUGGGAGGAUGGAGGUAG